AAAGCAGUUGACUAUGUUAUUUUUAUUUCAACAUUUGUCUUGAUUCGAUGCCGAAGUGAAACAUAAACCCUUCAAAACCCUCUGCGUCAUUUUCCCCCCUGCCUAGAAGUGAGCGCGUUUGUGAGCGGGAGAUUGUCCUCUUGCCAACACGCCGCUCUUUGGUCACCGUUUAGUCGGCGAGUGGGAGAUUGUCCUCUUGCCACCGCGCUCCUCUCUGGUCUCCGUUCAGUCCGUGAGUGGGAGAUCGUCCUCUUGCCACUGCGCUCCUCUCUGGUCUCCGUUUAGUCGGUGAGUGGGAGAUUGUCCUCUCGCCGCCGCGCUGCUCUUUGGUCUCCGUGAGGAGAGGCGCCGCAGCUGAGAGGACAUCUCACAGCUUCUCCUGUGGACCGCCGCGGAGGACUUUACUCCUGUUGUCUACCACAUCUUUUUUUAGAUAAAAAACAACCUCUUUUUAUAAAAACAUAUUCUACUGUCACGUGGGGUCUCGGGAAGCUCCGUGAGCAGUGUGUUCAUUUUGGCUCCACGUUGAUGAACUUUAUUUAGGACGCGUCCCUCAUGCAGGACGGAGGCAGGGGGGCCAUGGGGGCGAUGGGGGCCGGCGGGGCCUCCCCCCGAGCCCUGCUGGGGCUCAGCCUGCUGGGCUUCGUCUGUCUGGCCUCGGCCCUCAACCCAGACGACCCCAACGUGUGCAGCCACUGGGAGAGCUACGCCGUGACGGUUCAGGAGUCCUACGCUCACCCGUUCGACCAGGUCUACUACACCCGCUGCACCGACAUCCUCAACUGGUUCAAAUGCACCCGGCACAGGAUCAGCUACAAGACGGCGUACCGGAGGGGGGUGAGGACGAUGUACCGGCGGCGCUCCCAGUGCUGCCCCGGCUUCUAUGAGAGCGGGAACCUUUGUGUCCCGCUGUGCACUGAAGAGUGCGACCACGGACGCUGCGUCUCUCCUGAUACGUGCCAGUGCGAGCCCGGCUGGGGAGGACUGGACUGCUCCAGCGGCUGCGAGAGCGACUUCUGGGGGCCCCACUGCAGCAACCGCUGUCAGUGCCGUAACGGGGCCAAGUGCAACCCCAUCACCGGGGCCUGCGUGUGCACCGACGGCUUCCAGGGCUGGCGCUGCGAGGAGCCCUGCGACCCCCACCUCUACGGCAAGGACUGCCUGCUGGAGUGCCAGUGCCUCAACGGCGCCACCUGCCAGCAUCGGACCGGCGAGUGCCUGUGUGCGCCCGGCUACACCGGGGCCUUCUGUGAGGAGCCCUGUCCCGCCGGUAAACACGGCGCCCUGUGUGAGCAGCGAUGCCCGUGUCAGAACGGAGGAGAGUGCCACCACGUCACCGGACGGUGCUCCUGUCCCGCCGGCUGGGUGGGUCCCGUGUGUGCACAGCCGUGCUCAUUCGGAUCGUUUGGCAUCAACUGCUCUGAGGAGUGCACGUGUCGUAACGGCGGUCUGUGCGACCACAUCAGCGGUCAGUGCCAGUGUACCGCCGGCUACGUCGGAGAGAGGGGCCGGGACGAAUGCCCCGGCGGCACUUACCGGCCGCAGUGCGCCCACAAGUGCGACUGUCAGAACGGGGCCAAGUGCUACCACAUCAACGGGGCCUGCCUCUGCCCCGAGGGCUUCAAGGGGCCAGCUUGCCGGGACCGCUUCUGCCCCGCGGGGCUCUACGGGCUCUUCUGCGACAAGAACUGCCCCUUGCUAGGGCCGCCAACACGCUUAAUUCAUGUAAUCAGUGUCUCCGUGUCCUUUCGUCUCCAGGGGGACGACUGCUCAGUCCGCUGCCCUGCAGGCCUCUACGGGACCAACUGCAGCUCCUCGUGCUCCUGCCGCCACGCCGCCUCCUGCUCGCACCUGGACGGCUCCUGCGUCUGCACGGAAGGUUGGCAGGGGGUGGACUGCUCCCUUCCUUGCUCCAGUGGCACCUGGGGUCCCAGCUGCAACCAGACGUGCCAGUGCUCCAAUGCGGCGGCCUGCGACCCCGUCAACGGCACCUGCGCCUGCUCCCCAGGCUGGAGGGACGAGUACUGCGACCUGCCCUGCCCCGAGGGGUCGUACGGACUGGACUGCGGGGAGAGGUGCGACUGCGUCAACGCCGACGGCUGCGACCCGGUGAGCGGAUUCUGCCGCUGCGCCGCGGGCUGGACAGGUGUCCAUUGCGACAGUGUGUGUGAGGAGGGCCGCUGGGGACCCAACUGCUCCAUCAGCUGCACUUGUGAGAACGGAGGCUCCUGCUCCCCAGAGGAUGGAUCCUGUGUGUGUGCGCCUGGAUACCGCGGCACCAACUGCAGAAGAACCUGUUCGCCGGGUUUCUACGGACAGCGAUGCGCCCGGUCCUGCCCUCAGUGCCUCUAUAGCGACGGGGCGUGUCACCACGUCAGCGGCCACUGUGAAUGUCUGUCGGGCUUCUUCGGCUCACUGUGCAAUCAAGUGUGUCCCAGGGGGAGGUUCGGUAAGGCGUGUGCUGAGGCGUGUUCGUGCACCAACAACGGCUCGUGUGACCCGGUCGACGGCUCCUGUCAGUGCUUCCCCGGAUGGAUCGGCGGGGACUGCUCUAAACCGUGUCCUCAGGGCUCAUGGGGUCCAGACUGCAUCCACACAUGUAACUGUCACAACGGAGCCCAGUGCAGCGCCACGGACGGAGAGUGCGACUGCAGCCCGGGAUGGACGGGACUCUUCUGCACUCAGCGCUGCCCGGCCGGGUUCUACGGCUCCCGCUGUGCUGAAGUGUGCCGCUGUCAGAACGGGGCGGACUGCGACCACCUGGGCGGGCAGUGCUCCUGCAGGACGGGCUUCAUGGGACAGAGCUGCGAGCUCAAGUGUCCCGCCGGGACGUUCGGCUACGGCUGCCAGCAGCUGUGCGAGUGCAUGAACAACGGAACCUGCGACUACGUGACGGGGACCUGCUACUGCAGCGCCGGCUUCAAGGGCAUCCGCUGCGACCAGGCGGCUCUGAUGAUGGAGGAGCUGAACCCCUACACCAAGAUCAGCCCGGCCCUGGCUUCGGAGCGCCAGUCGGCCGGCGCCGUCCUGGGCAUCGUCUCCCUGCUGCUGCUCAUCGUGGCCAUGCUCGGCCUGGUGGUCUGGUUCCGGUACCGGCAGAGAGAGAAGGGCCACCAGGUGCCGAGCGUCGCCUACACGCCGGCGCUGCACGUCAACUCCACCGACUACUCGCUGUCAGGGCUGCAGUGCACUGGCCUGCUCUCCUCUCCAGAGUCCUCUCCCAGCAGCAGCUCCGUGGGCGGAUGCUUCUCCAACCCCAGCUACCGGACCCUGGGCACCUGCAGCUACGCCGGCCACUACGCCCAGCCGGAGAGGAGGGGCGCCGCCAAGAUGAAGAAGAAGAAGCGGCACAGGAACAGCGCUCCGGAGUGGGGGGCGUACUGUAACCUCAGCGAGCUGGGUGUUUACUGCAUCGACCGGCGCUUCAGUUACCACGUGGAGCCGCGCUACCGAGACUACAUGAAGGGCUCGCCGUCCUCCACCUGCUCCCUGAACAGCGAGAACCCGUACGCCACCAUCAGCGACGCGCAGGCCUGCAAACACUCCGAGAGCAGCUACGUGGAGAUGAAGUCGCCGGGUCACCAGGAGCGCGUGACGCACUGCUGCCCCGCCGCCGCCGCCGCCAUCGCCACCACGACGACCACCAGGAACAUCUACGACAUGGAACCAAGCAUCAGCAUGGUGCAGGGGCCCGGCUGCGUGCUGGUUCCCGGGUACCCGCAGAACCCGUACGACCUGCCCAGGAACAGCCACAUCCCGAGCCACUACGACCUGCUGCCGAUGCGCCCGAGUCCGUCUCACAGCCUCGGCCUGGCGCUGCCCGGCAGCCCGACCAGCUCGCUGCUCUAAACCCCCCCCGACCUCCCCGACCCCCCGCCGUGCCAGACUGGACUGGACCAGUACCUCCCAGUUUUGUCCAGAACCCGGAAACUGGUGAAGCGGGAGAAUCUCCGUCUGAUCGACGGACCCAUCGACGCUCCAUCUUCCUAGUUCCGCCUCGCCAGAGUGAUGCGGAUGCAGGCGAAGCGAAUCUUUCGGGUGGACGAUGGCCAGAGACUCGACCCCCGCUGUGCACAUUUUGUUUGGGCGGGGACUGUUGUUCCGGGCCGAGGCCCGCUUCAGAUCCACGGAACACGAGGAAGCUCAGUACCACGUCUCCGGACUGGCACGGCGAGGGACUCUGGGGAGGAAAGGCGCUCGUGGCUCCAACGUUAAAGGACCAGAGUCCUUGUGGUAUUUUUACACAUUGUUUCUUAUUUCCUGUUUAAGGUACCGAUGGAUCCCUAUUUCCUCUGUGAAAAGCCGUCUGUUUAUGUUCUGUAGUGGUGAAUUCCUGUAUUUAUUAUUGUGAUUUCCUUCUUUUCACGUGCAUGCCAAAUAAUAGAUACGAUAUUUAGUCAUGAACUAUUUCCUCUUGUAAGCUGAUUAUUGUCAUCUGACUCAACAUGGGUGCAACUCUGUUUAUCAGUUUAUCAUUUUCAAUUAAUCCAUUCACUGUUUGGCCUUCAAGAAGAGCAGCACGUUUGCCUGAAAAAUUACGUUAGCUAUUAAUCGAUUGUCACAAAGACCUGCAACGAUAUUUAACUAAAUAGCUGCGGCUCCGAUGAAUUUGUUGUCUGGAGGUCAAAGUUCAAAGCUACGAAAACAGGGGCGGUUUUCAAUUUCUCUGGAUCUAGCCACAUUUUUUUAUGCAGCUUUUUUAUUACGAUGGCAAAAUUCAGUAAAAACUACGACCAUCGCGCAACGAACACGUCACGUUUCAUGUGCUCUUUGCGUUUCAUCGAGAAACACUGGAGUUCUGGCUCCGAACUCACAGGACUUAUCUUCUUAUAACUCAUAUCUUCUAUAUAUUGACAUUGUCUCGGUCUCCAGACGCACGACCUGACAGGAACGAACUGUUUAAAGUAAUUUAAAGACCUCUCUUCAGGCCUCACAAAGGUUCGUAGGAGAAAGGCCACCAGGCUUUAAAUUGAACCCAGUGGCCAACAGUGGAAUUACAACCACGGCGGCUAAUUAUUAUUGUCUUGCAAUGGGAGCGACGUCUUAACGCUUGAAUAGUUUAAAUCUUUAGGUCCUGGAAGUUGUUGAGUUAUUGUCUUUGACCUUUACAUUUUUAAAGUAUUUUUUGCUUUACGGGCAACUGAGAAACGUUUAUAGGAGUGACUUGGCUCCGCCUCCAACGCUGUAUCCAGUUUAUAUAUUCGUGGCGACCAAGGCGUCCGUUCUUCUUCUUCUACUCUGUUUACUGGAGUCACGACAGCAGGGAAACACAUUUAACGGAUUCAUGUUGUUACAGCAUCAUUGAAUUUCGGUUACCAAACUGUGUAAUUCUUACUUGUGGCAACUGUUUCUCACAAUACAUAUGAAAAAACGUUUUCUUUUACAUAAAAUGAUAAUUAUGCUUUGGCGAAGAGCAAUGACGUGUCAACGUUGGGACGCAAGUGGCUUUGUGUUUGGUUUUCCAAAUGUUGUUCCCUUUGCUCUGAUGUUAUCUUGCUCGUUUUUCGUCCCACUUUGACCCAAAUAGUUUCAGCUCCAGUAGACGUAAAGUGUUGUUUUCAAGCCCUAAACUCAUUAAAGUUGUUGUAGCUCAGGUGA